UUCUCCCGUUCGCUAGGCCUCUGAUUGUUUCCGCCUUCGAGAGCGUGGUGGUGGUGGUCGUCGUCGCUGAAUUCCGAUCUGCAUCCCUCUGCUUGAAGCCAUGGCGUCGCUCCCGCCCGCUCUCAAGAAGGAUGACGAUAUCGACGACGAUUCCGAAUACUCGCCCUUCUACGGCAUUGAGAAGAGCGCCGUUUUGCAGGAGGCGCGGUGCUUCAAUGAUCGAGAGCUGGAUGCUCGCCGGUGUGCGCAGGUUAUUACGAAGCUACUCUACCUCAUCAAUCAGGGCGAAACUUUCACAAAGAACGAGGCGACAGAGGUGUUUUUUGCAACCACUAAAUUAUUCCAGUCGAGGGACAUUGGUUUACGGCGCAUGGUCUACAUCAUGAUUAAAGAGAUUUCUCCUUCCAGUGAUGAGGUUAUCAUUGUGACAAGCUCUUUGAUGAAGGAUAUGAACAGCAAGACAGACCUUUAUCGUGCAAAUGCCAUAAGGGUUCUGUGUCGAAUCACAGACGGUGGAUUGUUGGGCCAAAUUGAGCGGUAUCUUAAGCAGGCUGUAGUGGACAAGAAUCCGGUUGUUUCGAGCGCCGCGCUUGUCAGUGGUAUUCAUCUUCUUCAGAGCAACCCCGAAAUUGUGAAGCGCUGGAGCAAUGAAGUUCAGGAAGCUGUCCAGUCUAAAGCACCUCUCGUUCAGUUCCACGGUUUGGCAUUGCUUCAUCAGAUUCGCCAAAAUGAUCGGUUAGCUCUAAGCAAGUUGGUGAGUGGUCUUACUAGGGGUACUGUACGGUCGCCUUUGGCUCAAUGCCUACUCAUCCGCUACACAUCCCAGGUGAUUUCAGAGUCAGGUCCAAAUUCUCAGACCGGAGAUAGACCAUUCUAUGAUUUUCUCGAGAGUUGCCUGAGGCACAAGACGGAUAUGGUUAUAUUUGAGGCUGCCCGUGCAAUCACCGAAUUGAGCGGUGUUACUGCCAGAGAGCUUACGCCAGCUAUCACUGUUUUGCAAUUAUUUUUAAGCUCAUCCAAGCCAGUUUUGCGUUUUGCGGCCGUGCGAACACUCAACAAGGUUGCACAGACCCAUCCACUGGCAGUUGCCAACUGCAAUGUUGACAUGGAAAGUCUCAUUUCUGACCAAAACCGCAGCAUUGCUACUCUAGCCAUCACUACUCUUUUGAAGACUGGCAAUGAAUCUAGCGUUGAUCGGCUCAUGAAGCAGAUCACGAACUUCAUGUCCGAUAUUGCUGAUGAGUUCAAAAUUGUGGUGGUGGAAGCCAUCCGCUCUCUUUGUCUCAAGUUCCCUCAAAAGUAUCGCGCAUUGAUGAAUUUUCUGAGCAAUAUCCUGAGAGAAGAAGGUGGUUUUGACUACAAAAAGUCAAUCGUUGACUCUAUUCUCAUCCUCAUCCGUGAGAUUCCUGAUGCUAAGGAAAGCGGACUGUCUCACCUUUGCGAGUUCAUAGAAGAUUGCGAAUUCACCUACCUGUCUACGCAGAUAUUGCAUCUUCUAGGAAACGAGGGGCCUAAAACUGCCGACCCGAGCAAAUAUAUCCGUUAUGUAUACAACCGUGUCAUACUGGAGAAUGCUACAGUGCGUGCCAGUGCUGUCAGUGCUCUAGCAAGAUUUGGAGCUGUGGUUGAGGGUCUGAGGCCAAGAAUUCUGAUACUGUUGCGGAGAUGUUUGUACGAUAAUGACGAUGAGGUGCGAGAUAGAGCCACUCUCUAUUUGAGCCUUCUCUCAGAUGAACUGGAAGCAGCUCAAGAUGAAGCCAAAGCGUUCUUAUUUCAAGAUUUGGACGUGCCCCUGGAAAACUUGGAAAAAAGCUUGCAGUCUUAUGAGCCAACCGACAGGGCAUUUGACUUGGCAGCAGUUCCAAGAGAUGUAAAGGCUCACCAGCAGGUGGAGAAGAAGGCUCCUACAGGCAAGGAAAAGAAGGCCGCCAAGGAUGCAAGUCAAAAGGCAGCUGAGGGCAAGGCUUCAAAUACCUUCGAAGCUUACGAGAAACUACUUAACUCCAUUCCUCAGUUUGCAGGUUUCGGCAAACUUUUUAAGUCGUCUACUCCUGUGGAGCUGACAGAAGCAGAAACAGAAUACGCUGUGAAUGUGGUCAAGCAUGUGUACCCUGGUCACAUCGUCUUCCAGUUCAACUGCACCAACACCAUCGCAGAGCAGCUUCUGGAGAACGUGAAUAUCGUCAUGGAUCUCGUAGAGGGGGAAGAUUUUACGCAGGCAGCUUCGAAGCCUCUAGCAUCUAUGCCUUGUGGCGUUCCGGGCCAGGUUUUUGUUGCUUUUGAGAAACCAGAAGGCGCUUGCUCUCUUGGAAGGUUUUCCAAUACUAUGAGAUUCUAUGUCAAAGAGGUGGAUCCCAGUACAGGUGAUGCAGAUGAUACCGGGUACGAAGAUGAGUACCAACUAGAAGAUUUGGAGAUUACAGCACCUGACUACAUCCUGAAGGAAGGAGUGUCAAACUUCAGAAAUGCCUGGGAGUCUUUGGACUCGGAGUCGGAACGUGUUGAUGAAUACAGUCUUGGUGCGAGGGAGAAUUUGCAAGAUGCUGUACAAGCUGUGACUACGAUUCUUGGGAUGCAAAUUUGUGAGGCAACAGAUGUCGUUCCCAAUAAUGCAAGGUCCCACACCUGUUUGUUGGCCGGCAGAUUCUUGGGUGACACGCAAGUGCUGGUCCGUCUAUCAGUUGGCAUCGACUCUCAGAAGCAGGUUGCAAUGAAACUCGCAGUCAGGGCGGAGGAUAUAGCUGUUAGUGACAUUAUUCAUGAUAUCAUCAACUCCUAGAAUUUUGAGAAGUCUUUUUAUCCCGCACUGCCUCCUGAUACCAUGCGAAGCUGACCAGUCUCCAUUAGCGUAUAACUAUGACAAGACCAUCAUUUCUUCGUCCCUUUACACCACCUCGUUCACAGAAAGUACGGGUAGCAGCUUACUACGUGGUGAGGAUCUUUCUAAAUGAGGUCGAAGUCGUUAUUAACCUAGAGAUCGUCAUUUAGAAGAGUUAGUUUGAGAAUUAGAAACCUAGCUCCUUUUUCUUUUUAUUAAUUACAAAGCCUUGUAGUGGGAUUUUAAUAUCGCCCAUGAACUCUGCAUCAUUACCAUCUUUCAAUUUUUCAGCAGAGCUUCCUGUGGACAAGGACGAUUCCAUUGUACUGUUUCUUUUCAAUUGUAAUGCCAUCCAUAAGGAAACGUUUUGCCAGGCUUCCGUUAAAAUUACUGGAACAUACA